AUGGCCGACGCAGAUUUGAAGCAAGCGAUUCUCCGGCUGACUGAUCUCAUCGCAAACCAGCAGCAGCAGAUUGCAGCUCUCCAGCAGGGUAACGCCAAUCAAGUUGGAAGCGAGAAGAUCAUCGAGUCACUCUCAACGGGAAUCGACGAGUUUCAGUACGAUCCAGACGGCGGCAUCUUCUUCGAUUCGUGGUAUGCUCGAUACGAGGACGUGUUCAAGGAGGACGGAAAGCAUUUGGAUGACAAAGCAAAGGUCAGGCUACUUCUGCGGAAAAUCGGCACGCAAUUCCACGAACGUUACGUGAACAGUGUUUUGCCGAGUCAUCCGCGGAAUUUUUCAUUCGAAGACACCGUCAAGAAGCUGAAGAAACUUUUUGGACGCCAAAAGUCACUCUUCAACGCGCGCUACCAGUGUCUUCAAUACGUGAAAAAUGAAGUCGACGAUUUUUCGUCUUACUCAGCAUCGGUGAACAAGCACUGCGAAGCGUUCCAGAUCGAAAAGCUAUCCAGCGACCAAUUCAAGACGCUCAGGUUCGUAUGCGGUCUCCAGUCACCACGCGAUUCGGAUAUCCGGACCAGGCUGAUCGGGAAGUUGGAAGCUGAAGAAAACGCGCCGCCCGCCGACGGUGCCAACCUCAAGCUUGAAAACCUGGUUGAGGAGUGCAACCGCAUCAUCAACCUUAGGCAAGACACGCAAAUGAUCGAGAAAGGAGAAGAAGUCACCAAAAACACCUGGCUGGUUCUGUGGGGAUCUUCAUUAUGUCAAGGAGUGCCCCUACCAGACACACACAUGUGUAAACGGAAGGGCCACAAGGAAGGGUACUGCUCCUCAUCCGAGAAGAAGCCGACAAAGCAGAUUGACAAACCCAAACCUAAGGACAUCGUCAAGUCUAAAGGUAUUGCGGUUAAGCGAGUCGAUCUGAAAGCAAAGCGGAAGUUCGUGAAAAUCGACAUCAACGGUGUACCAGCAAAGUUGCAGCUCGAUUGUGCAUCUGACAUCACCAUCAUCUCCAAACGAACUUGGACAUCGGUGGGUAAGCCUGUCAUCGAGACAACGGAUGUCGCUGCUGUGAGCGCCUCGGGUGACGGCAUCGACAUCGUAUGUGAAUUCAACGCUGAAAUCACCAUCCAAGACGUGACGAAAGUGGGUCGCAUUUUCGUUACAAGCAUUCCGGAUCUCAACGUUCUGGGAAUUGAAACGAUCGAUCAGUUCGAUCUCUGGUCGGUUCCGUUCAGUUCAUUAGUCAACUCAAUCCAACAAAACUCAAACGCAACAAUGCAGAAGCUGCAAGCGAAGUUCCCUGAAGUGUUCCAACCAACCCUCGGAUGCUGCACCAAAGCUAAGGUAACGCUCUACCCGAAGCCAGAUGCACGACCUGUGUACUGCCCCAAGCGACCGGUUGCCUACGCUGCCCUUCCGAAGGUUGAUGCUGAGCUGCAGAGACUUCAAGACAACGGCAUCAUCUCGCCAGUCCAGUUUUCUGAUUGGGCUGCACCUAUCGUCGUGGUUCGUAAAUCUGAUGUCUCCGUUCGCAUUUGUGGUGACUAUUCCACAGGUCUCAACAAUGCACUAGAAUCAGAUCGCCAUCCACUGCCUCAUCCGGACGAUAUCUUCGGUGAACUCGCCGGUUGCCGUUUCUUCUCCUGUAUCGAUCUUUCGGAUGCCUAUCUCCAGGUCGAAAUUGAAGAAGCUUCUCGGAAACUGCUAACGAUAAACACACACAAAGGUCUGUUCCUGUACAACCGAUUGCCACCCGGAGUCAAAUCCGCACCAGGUGCAUUCCAGAGGAUCAUCGACAGUAUGCUAGCCGGAAUUCCUGGAGUGAAACCGUACCUGGAUGACAUUCUAAUUGCUGGAAGGACCCAAGAAGAGCACGAUCGUAGUCUGAAUGAUGUGCUCCAACGUAUUCGUGAGUGUGGAUUCUAUCUGCGCAUCGAGAAGUGCCGUUUUUCACUUCCGCAGAUCAAGUUUCUGGGUCACAUCCUCGACAAGGAUGGUCUCCGCCCGGAUCCAACCAAAACAAGAGCAAUCUUUGAGAUGUCAGCACCAACGAAUCUGUCGCAACUGCGUUCAUACCUGGGUGCGAUUAACUACUAUGGACGGUUCGUUGGACAGAUGAAGGAACUCCGAGCGCCGCUGGACUGUCUACUGAAGAAACUUGUCGAAGGGGAGAAGGCAGUAAUGUUCCAGGAUCUGCAGACGUUUCUAUCGGUUUACCGGUCAACACCAAACAGAAGCAUAGAUGGUAAGACGCCAGCUCAUCUAUUUCCGCUACGAACGACACUGGAUCUGCUGAAGCCGUUUCCUCCAAGUCCAACGCUGGUCAACGAAAAGCAAAAUUCCCAGUUCAACAGACGACACGAGUGGGUUCCAGGUCAAAUCAUCGAGCGCAAGGGUAACGUAAACUACACCGUGUUGCUCGAGAAGAUCAUCGAACACUGCACGAUGCUCCGCUAUCAAUAA